GGUGUUGGUUUGCGUGGGAGAGCUAUCAGAUUCGUCAAAUCGUCGUUUGAAUCUUUGUUUACAAAAGCAGAUAAGUCGUUUUGAAAAUUUUGUCAGUUACUGUUCUGGUUUUGUUGUAUACAAAUUUGCUUGUUCGUAAUUAUUUUUUUGUAAUACCAAAUAUUCUACAUUUAAUUUUGUACUAUGUGUGACUCACUGCGGUUCUGCAGCAUUGGAAUGAAGGGACAAUUAAUUCUUAUAUUGGUCUUGUGCUCUGCGAGCUCAGUCGUUUCCGAUUGUGGUUGCAACAAACUGAAGCGAACCAUACCAGACGAUCAGAAACCAUCAGACAUCGUAAUCUUCCCCGAUAAAAAGCACCAUAAGAACCAUCAUAACGACGACGAUUUGUUGGACCUGAUAAGGCAUACGAAAAUAAUCGAGGGAAUGAGUUUGAUCCCAGGAGGGAAAUAUUUCAUAGGAACCAACGAACCAUUUUUCAUCAGCGAUCACGAGGGACCGGAAAAGGAGAUAGAAAUUAAAGCAUUUUAUCUGGAUCGAUACGAGGUUUCAAAUCUAGAAUUCGAAGAGUUUGUUAAGAAAACGGAAUACAUAACAGACGCGGAACAAUUCGGAGAUAGUUUUGUCUUCCAAACGUUUCUGAAUGCGAAAGUUCGAGAGAAGUACAAGGACUACAGAGUGGCUGCUGCAUUGUGGUGGUACAAAAUAACCGGAGCAAGUUGGCGUUAUCCGGAGGGUGACAAAAAAAGAGGAAUCGAGACCAGAAUGAACCAUCCGGUGGUUCACGUGUCUUGGAAUGAUGCUGUGGCUUACUGUAAAUGGCUGGGAAAGCGACUGCCAACCGAGGCCGAGUGGGAAGUGGCUUGUCGAGGCGGACGCCGAGGGAAAUUAUUCCCGUGGGGGAAUAAACUGAUGCCGAAAAACGAACAUUACAUGAAUAUCUGGCAAGGGGAAUUUCCAGAUGGAAAUAAAGUGGACGAUGACUGUGAGGGAACUUGCCCUGUAGAUAAGUUCAAACAGAACAACUAUGAUUUGUACAACAUGGUUGGAAACGUGUGGGAAUGGACGGCCGAUUUGUGGGACGGGAAGGAAAAUGUUAAACCACCAAAUAGGGUUAAGAAAGGCGGGUCGUAUCUAUGUCACGAGUCAUACUGCUACAGGUACAGGUGUGCAGCUAGAUCGCAGAAUACAGAGGACAGUUCAGCGGGAAAUCUUGGCUUCCGAUGUGCUGCGGAUAUCGAAGACGACCUCCAGUAGAACUCAUGUUAAGUCAAAUCAUCAAAGGAAAAGAAAAGAAUCUCGCUACCAGCUAUAAUAUAAUGACAUGUCGUAGGAACAUGUAGAGGACAGUUCUUUUCCGUUCCAAAUACAUAAAUCUCCAACAUA